GAAGUUAACAAAUUCGAUGAGAAAUAUAUAUUGACAGAAAUACAGAAAGACAUUUGCUCAGUGGUCCAAUUAUAAAGUUGCUGAUUCGAUGAUUGAUAAACAACAGUCACAAGGAGUAGGGUUGCGUGAGUCUAUCUUCUGACGGAGAAUUGAGAGAGACAAGUUGAAGAAUGCUAACAUUCCUGACUCUCUACGCCUAUGCGCGGUAGAUUCUGAGGAGGUAGGAAUCGGGUAGUGGGGCUACCGAGUUGGGGUUCACGGGCCCGGGAUGCUAGGGGCGAAGAGAGACAGAGAGAAACUGUAGAGUGCAUCGCCGCGUGGACGCAUUUUAGUUUUUAGUCUCGUCGCGCCUACUAUGCGUGGUGAGUGUCUUCAGGGUUACCAGACAGUGUUUGUCGACCUUAUAGAAAGAAAGAGAGCUAGACGUGCGUUUUACACGAAACAGUCAUUUGGUAGUCGUACAGGUGUCCCGCAAUUACUUUCAGGAGACUCGCGAGACUUCAGUGCGCGAACCAGUUUAGAGGCAGAGAUCGUUAAAGAAAAGGCGUCGUUCACUUGGUCAAUUAAAAACGAUCGUCGUCGAUUAAAGAGGCCAAUUAACGUAAAUCGUCAUGACGGCUGCUCAUACGGACGAACCUGUUACGAUCGAGAAUGAGGAAGUCGUGAAAAAGACGAUUAUCGCUACGAUGUUGACUCCUGGUGGUGCUUUGAUUAUGCGAAAAAGUGGAAAUAUUUGUCUGGAGGAGCCUGCCAACUCGUCCGUCGACGAGGAAAGAAUUUCGUCCCGAUAUUUGGCGAGUCUUCAACAGAACGCUUGCUGCGAGGAGACCAAGGAAUUUGCCGAGUUCUGCGAGAAGUUCGAGGCCUCCCUGUGCGAUGAGACUGGUUGCGAAUCGCGUGGAGAGAUGGAAAAUAAAUGCGAGGCCGCUAAUAGCGAGCUGGGAACAGCUGAACAUGUGGCCAUGGCGAGUCUUAGAAAGAUUUCUAGAUCCUCUUUAGACGAUUUAGGAAAUACGGAUGUUUCCGAGAGCUUUAAGAUUUCUGUUGGGACAGUUGGUGCGAUAUUCCCUGGAGAUGAUUCCACGCCGGUUUCAGAGACUUCGGAUUCCAUUGAAGUGGCUUCGUGCGACGAGGCAUCUUUUCGGAGUGCAAGAGAUCUCUCUGGGGAUACUUGUGAGAUAGUACAGGGAACAGUUAAUAGUCCCAAAGAUAGGAAGAUUCAACAAGAAUCUUAUCAGGAGUGCUGGGACUUAAAUAACUGUACAGAAAUUGACUUAGACACCGAUGAUGAUGAAAAGACGAGAGCCGACACCAAAUGCAAUUUUGCGUCAAACGUCACCCUUAAGGAACAAAUUGAAGAAAUCGAGAAAUCGGUAAUGCGAAAUACUGAGAAUGGUAGAACAGGUUCAGGAGUACCUAAACAACAUGUUUUCGAAGCAGUAAAUAGUACCCUGAGAAAUAUGUCUUAUGUGAUCACUCGUGUACCGAUAGAGGAUAAAUUGGAAGAAAUCUACGACCCGGAGGAAGACCUUAGCUUUCACGAGGCUGUUCGCACGGGAGAUGUUAAGAGCGUCGCGAUGCUCGUAGCGCGUGGCGUCGUCAAAAAUCUCGACGAACCGGAUUGGAACGUGUCAGGGGAUCCACCGUUACUAGUGGCUGCUACAAAUCACUGUCUACCUGUACUCAGUGCGUUGCUCUCAAGUGGUUGCGAUCCAGCAGCACGUUCUCCACGAGGUGAAACAGCUCUUCACCGUGCCAUAUUGAAUGGCGGCCUGGCGAACGUUUUAAAAUUCGUAGAAGAACUAUUAAACCAUGGCUGUCCACCUGGAGUUAAGGAGGCCGGCGGCGGACUGACAGCCUUGCAUGUUUUCACACGUCAACUAGCAUACGCACAGGGUUCCAGAAGUCUCCAUCACAAUUUCCAAGAAGCAGUAAAGACCCUGGAUCUGUUGGCAAAAGCAGGACCAGUCAACGCAAGGGAUCAUCAAGGACGUAGCGCUUUACAUAUCCUCGCAUCGUCAUCAGUAUUUGAUAGCAAUCACAGAACGGAAAUAGAAGCAUUGAUUAAAAGGUUACUAGAGGCUGGAGCAGAUCCUGCUUUGAAAAACGACAGAGGCGAGACGCCAUUGCACGAGUGUCUCGAAUGCGGUGCUCUGAAUACAGCCCUCCUGUUAAUGCCUCAUACUCCGGUGGAUAUUACGUCUCGUUACGGUGAGACGCCAUUGCACAUAGCAGCCAGGAAGAAUCAGCUGGAAAUGGUGGCAAGACUCCUGGAACACGGCGAAGAUCCCAGUCUACAGGAUGCUGGCGGAAAUACUCCGUUGCAUCUUGCGUCCGCUAGAGGGUUUCAUCAAAUAGUUUCUUUAUUGGUUACGUCCCCUCUUGCGCAAUUGGAAAAAGUCAAUGACGAAGGCUUGACCUCGCUCCAAGUGGCCGCCGAGAGCGGAUUCGUUAACGCUGUCAAACUUUUACUAAAGGCUGGUGCUGAUCCUAGUCAAACGGCUCAUUAUUGUACGACAACGUUUAAUCAUCGUCAUCCUGAUAUUUCGAUACUGAUCGAUCACGAACUGACAAGACGUCGUCAGCUGGCCGCUUGAUAACACCGAAGCAUUCUCUUCGUUUCCUUUAAAUUUGACAGUUUUACAUUUGUUACUCUUACCCGUUUUCAUUGUCUUGUUCUCACUGUCACAACGCUGUUUCGCAAAUAUUACGAUUUUAUAACCUUAUUGUGAUAUUAUAAAUUAGACUGUCACCCGCGACGACAGACGGAGAAUAUUUUUGUUUUAUGGAAAACAUUUCUUGUUGGUCAUCUUUCUUUUUCCUUAAAAAAAUUAUUUCUCGAAAAAAGUUCGAGACUCUUUUGAAUCAGAGAUCUGCCUUUGGAAAUUCAACUGAUGACCCGACGUGUGCCUGUGAAUGGGAAUAACGAGUCUUAUUAAUAGCGUUAAAGUAAAAGCGUAUACGGAUUAAAUGUAUGUAUAAUAUACGUUAAAAUAAAGAGUUAUCACGCUAUACAGAC